UCCUCGAUCGAAUCCUCGUAAUCAAUAUACGUCGAUUUUCGAUCGCGAUGGAGUUGCUGCUGGUUUUCUCUCUUGUAUUCUCUUCUUUGGCUCUCGGUAACAGCUAUGUGCCUGAGUUCCCUUUCCGAGAUCCCUCUCUACCCAUUGAAGAAAGAGUCAAAGAUAUUGUUGAUCGUCUUACUUUAGCUCAGUUAGUAGAGCAAAUGGCUCAUGGUGGUGCUGGAAAUAAUGGUCCUGCUCCCGGUAUUCCUGACUUAAAUAUAAAGCCUUAUCAGUGGGGUACUGAGUGUCUCUCUGGUGAUGUGGGUGCUGGUGAUGCCACCUCAUUCCCAAUGUCUAUAGGAAUGGCUGCUACUUUCAAUUAUGAUCUAUUGAAGCAAGUAUCCAAUGCUACUGCCUACGAAGUGAGAGCUAAAAAUACUGCAGCUGUUCUUAAUGGAUCAUAUGCUUUUCACACUGGACUCAGCUGCUGGAGUCCUGUUCUGAAUAUAAUGAGAGACCCACGUUGGGGAAGAAACCAGGAGACGUAUGGAGAGGAUCCAUAUCUGUCUAGUUAUUUAGGACAAGCUUUUGUCACUGGAUUACAAGGAGAUGAUCCUACUUAUGUAAUUGCUAAUGCUGGCUGUAAGCAUUUUGAUGUACAUGGUGGGCCAGAGGACACUCCAGUGCCACGUUUUUCAUUUGAUGCUAACGUUACAAUGAGAGAUUGGCGAAUGACGUUUCUUCCUCAGUUCAAAGCUUGUGUUGAAGCUGGAGCUCUUAGUCUUAUGUGCAGUUACAACAGAAUAAAUGGUGUCCCUGCUUGUGCCAAUAAAAAGCUCCUCACAGAUAUAUUAAGGAAUGAGUGGAAUUUUAAAGGCUACGUAGUGAGCGAUCAAGGAGCACUAGAGAAUAUUGUCACACAGCAUCAUUAUGCUCCUGAUUUUGUGACAGCUGCUGCUGAAGCUGCCAAUGCUGGCACUUGCCUUGAAGAUGGCAACAGUGAAGAUAAAGAUGGCAAUGUUUUCGAAAACCUUGAUGAUGCUGUUGAAAAAGGUCUUGUUAGCGUUGAUACUCUUAAAGAUGCAGUGAGUAGGUUGUUCUACGUUCGUACAAAACUAGGAGAGUUUGAUCCACCUGAUAAUAAUAACCCUUAUGCCAAUAUUCCACUCUCCAUCAUACAAAGUGAUACACACAUUAAGAUAGCCCUUCAAGCUGCAAUGGAGAGCAUUGUACUAAUGAAGAAUGAAUUUAACGGCUCACCUUUUCUACCUCUUCUACCUCUUGCUAAUAAAUUCAAGAGAGCCUGUGUUGUUGGUCCUUUUAUUAAGAAUCCUGAUACCAUGUUUGGAGACUAUUCACCAACAAUGAUGGUAUAAGCCACAUUUAGAUUUUUUCAUUUUUAUAAAUUUUUCUGAUACAUAAUGCAUGUACUUAAGUUGUGUAGAAAGUUUCAGAUCAUUCCAAUCAAAAUUGGGUUUUUUAACAAAGUCUUAAAGUGUUCUCUCAAA